GUUAUGGACAAACACUCUUCACAAGCUGUACGGCAUGCAUUGACAACUUUGCUGGAAGAGACAGAGCGUCAACGAAAAAUUAUCCGUGGCUUGAUAGAAGAUAAUCGCCAGCUUAGAGAUGAAAUACGCUUGGAGCAAAGUCGGGCUUCUCGCCAGGAGCAACGAGCCAAUGAUUUAGACAUCAUUGUGGAGAAUAUCAAAUCCAAAAUACGGCAGUUGGAGGAUGAGUCCAUCGCCAAAGUUUGCCAGCAGCAGAACCAAGUCAAAGAGCUUCAGAAAGAUCAGCAGUUUUCACAGGCAAAGUACCAUCAGCAGGCAGAGAAGUUGAAAGAACAAGAAGAGACUAUUGCCCGUUUGCAGAAGGAACUUUGUAAGAGGGGCAUAGAAGAGCAGCACCGUAUUGCUACGCAGAAAAAAAUGUUCCGUCAGUUUUGCAAACAGGCUCCAAGAACUCAUGUGGAUCACCAGAUUUUUAGUCUAAUUGACUACUAUGAAUCUCAGAUCAACCAAAUGAAGAAAGAACUAAGGAAAUACAAGAGGGAGAUGGGUCAUACUCAUGGAGGUGGAAAAGACAAGGAUGAAUUUUUGAAUGUAGAUGCUACUGCUAAUUACAGAGUUUUGCUCAUGAAUCAGAUAAUUGAGACACAGACCCGAAAUGAACAGCUAUUACAUGAAAAUAAAAAUCUCAAGAAAGAGGUGGAAGUCCGACCAACUGAGCAAGAGUUAAAAUUUUACAAACAUCAAGUGAAGAAGUUGGAGAAGACACUGAAGAACACCAAGUCACGUGAGAGUGAUGAAGAAAGUCUGAAAGAAAACAAAGACUUUAAAAGUACUACAGGAGGAGCCCAACUGCAGGAAACCUGUAGAAGAUAUUUUCAGCUGUUGUCCAGCAUUGACUCUGUUAUAAGAAGCCCGAGAAGAGCUCCCCUCGCGAUAUAUAAGCAGAGUAAAGGGUUGGCCCGAAGUGACACCAAAGAGGAUGAUCAGAACUGUGGAUUUGAGCACCUCCUUCCCACCGUUGAAAUGUGGGCUGACCAGUUAAUGGCCCUGAAGAACCUACACAGGUCCCUGAAAAAGCUACUGCUGCACCUAGUGCCUUGGCAUACAGUAACUGUGCAGGAUGACAAUGAACGUAUUAGAACUGAAGACCUUCAGUUCCUAGUGGAUGCAGUGUCUGAAGAAGUAGAAAAUAAAGAAAAGAAUAGUCAAGUGCCUUCACUGCAAACCUUGUAUGCAAUUGUCUCUCACUUUCAAAAACUGUUUGAUGUGAAUUCAUUGAAAGGAGUUUAUCCUCGAAUGAAUGAAGUUUACACAAAGCUUGGAGAAAUGACCAAUGCAAUGAGAAACCUUCAUGUCCUCUUAGAACUAGAUGGCUCAACCUCUCCCAGUGCCCUGGUGAACACUGUUGGAAAACUAUGCAGUAUACUGAAUGAGAAUGUAACCUGGCAGGUAGAGCAGCUUCUGGGAACACAAGACAUCCAAAGCAUUGUCAACAAAUUGGAAGACUAUGAUGACUUUUUCCCAGCGUUUGAAGCUCUUAUUGAGGACUUGCUCUGUGUUCUAGAGGUCAGAAAUCUAACUGAUAUAUUACCUGCUGUGCAGAAGCUAAAAUUGAAAAGCCAAUAAUG